GCCAGAUCCUGCCCAGCUUGCCUGCGAUGGGGCCAACUCGUCUCCACAGCUACCUUGAAUUCAGCAGCAAGGACACAAGCGGGGAUGCGCUGCGCUUGUGAGCAGGAUCCCUUCCGUGCACGCCUUGCAGGAGCAUGCCCGCACAAGAGAAAUAUAAGGGAAGGUGUGGGCAGUCAGGAGCAAGGGCACGCUCGUGAGUGGUGUGCCAUGCGAUGAAAGCCAGUGUGCGGGAGCUCAUCUGCAAGGUGGUGCACAACGGAGGGGAGAGAGUGUCAUCAGGAGCAAGGGCAUGCUCGUGAGUGGUGUGCCAUGCGUGUCCGUAUGAAAGCCAGUGCGCGGGACGUCAUCUGCAAGGUGGUGCACAACGAGGGGGAAGAGAGUGCCAUCCUCCUCGCCAUCGCCAUUCCCAUCAUCAUCGCCUAAGAAGUUGGUCGUGCUCGCAGAUGUUUUUCCUCUGAACAGUGCAUCUGCGAACCUUGAUUGUUCCCAAUCCAAUGAGUAGUGCACCAUCGGUGUGUCCAUGAGCAUUGAAGUGCCAGCCAGCGAGCACACAUCAGCGUAUUCCUCUGACGUGACCGUUUUCCAGCUCAACAUCGUGCACUAGAUCAAGAAAACAUUUGAAAGAAUGUUCGAAGCCCUGCAGGAAAAUGUGAACCCUGAACUUGUUGCAUUGGAGGAUGAACUUGCGACGAUAUUCAGCAAAAUGGAUCUUUGCCACAAACCAGCACAAGGUGGAGUAGGACUUGACAGGUCUAGUUUGUUGAGUCUGAAACAAGGAGGAAGGUGGGAAAUGCGAACCGUUAGCAAUUCGAAAUGUCAUCUAUCCCGCACACAUGUGAUAUUCAGUGGUUAUAUACAACCUGAGAGGUUUCAGAUGCUUCAUGCAAACAAAGCUGAUGGGUUGAUGAAUCGAUUCCAUGUUUUUAUCCCCGAAGUUUUCAUGGAAAGUUACGCUCCACCAGUGUCAGGUGUAAAACGUCUGCGACAUAUCACCAAAUCAGGUCAAACGAGCGAUGUGCUUGUUGACUUAGAUGAACAUCUAUCUGUUCCAAGUCGAUCAACCCUCUUGUUAGCAGAGCUCUUCAGAUGCAUCUGGCUUAUCCACCACGAUGUUGAAAAUCAUGGUGUAGCAAGAAAGCACCAAUACUGGAUUGAGGACCGUACAUUAGAAAACUCCAUACUUGAGACAACAUUUUUGAACACGCUACACGAUUUCUUCAAAUUGAGUUUGGCAGAUUGGAAUGUGGCUGCAACAAUGACUUUGCCAAAUGAAAAAGAACCGACACUGUUCUGCAAUUAUAGCCAAUUAUCAAGAUUUGAUGAAGAUGACGAUCAGGAUUUUGCAAAGGCUGCAGCUGAAGAAGAGGCUGCGUUUGAAAAAGAGGCAGUGGCUGAAGAAGAAGCUGCAGUUGAAGAAGAGGCUGCAGUGGAAAAAGAGGCUGCAACUGAAAAAGAGGCCAAUGAAGAGCAAUUUGAGCCAACAGACAUGCAUAACCCGGGUUGCAAAAAAGUAUCUACAAGAACACAAGUUGCAAAUGAUGAGGAUGAGGACAUUGCUGAAGUUCGGCGACAAAGAUCACUAGAAAAGCAGGUUGGAACUCAUGUCGAAAGUGUUGCAGAUCGUCGGGAGUCACAAGAAGAACGAUCAGCAGAAAACGAGUUUGAACCUGACGCCCAUGAACUUCAAGACAAAAAUGUUGCAGAUGAUGAAGAUGUUCAACAGUCACAGCGAGAAGGAUCAACACAAAAUGAGCUUGAUGCUGAUGUCAAUAAAGACACAAAUAUUGUAGAUGCUCAACACCCUCAAGGUGAAGCAUCACAAGUGAACAAUGGAGAUAAAGUUAUCGUUGAAGACCUCAGGUCACAAAGUGGCUCACAAUCGGCAGAGAAGAAUGAUAUCCUUUGACACAUACGAACUUCCAAGGGAAGUCAAGCAACGACAUCGCAGCACAAGCAAACUCGACAAGUUCAACGACAUAAUGAACAACUCAAACAGAAGAAGGCUGGUCGGGAGGCAAAGAAUAUGCCAGAGUUUAGUAGUGUUGAGGUUGAUAUGGUUGAAAGUCUUCGAGAGAACAGGAAAAGGAAGCAACCAUCAACUUCGAAUACAAGUGUCUCACGUUCAAGGCAGUCCCGAAAGAAGUAGAUAGAGAACUCAGACAAUGCAGUAAUCAUCAUUGACGUCUUUUCAAUGUACACGCGACACUAACAUAUAGGCAGAGCGGGCGAGUGAGCCGGGAUCUUGGCGACACAGACAGUCUGAAUCUGGACAACGGUCCUAGCAUAAGGGGCGCAACUGUAUUACCUGGGCCCCAUCUGCAUUGGGCCUGGGCGCAGAUACUGGAACCCAGACGCAGGCUCAAGGCUGUUGAUUCUCAAUCCUCGAACAAGUUGCUAUUGACUGUAAGCACUUCCAAGGACGUUAAUGGAUGAGCUCAUUAAACCCAUGAGCCUUGUUGAUGUUAUUCAAGUGAUACAGAUUUGCAAUGCUCUUCCACAUGAUCUACCUGAUUUAUGUCCACGCAUUGCUAAUGUCAUGAACUGCCGUGAAAAUUCAUGGAGAGACAAGAAGUAUGAGGAGCAUACAAUUAGAGUUGUGAUUGAGAAGUUGAACUUUCAUGACAACAGUCUUUUCAUGACUCAUGUCCUUGCUGCUGAUCAUGCUCUUCAUAUUGCGAACUCAGAAUAUGUUCUCGUACCAGCGAUCAAAUCAUGUGUUGAAUGCAAGAGUGCACUUGAAUUCAGCACGAAACAAUUGCUGCCGUUCUUCUAUCCGAUGCAAGGAAUUCCCGGAAGGGAUACGAUUUGUGAGAAAAAAUGCAAUUUGUGUUCCAUUGACUAUUCUUUUAGAUAUUAUACACUUUGGAAUUCUGAGCGGAGGUUUUAUGAGACAACAGAUGAAGGCUGAAGUUGGUUUCAGGUUAACUCCAAGACUGUCGUCAGUUUGGCAAUUCUUCGUCAACAUGAUGAACUACUGUAUAAACUUCAUUCUGGAUUUGAAACAACAGCCGAAGUUCACAACGAUAGAGAAGGGUUGACCAGAUUUCUUGGUUUUAGUAACUUUCAGCGUGAUAUUUCAAAGGAGAAACAGACACAAAGAUACCGUUUAAAUCGUCAAAGACUUGAAGAAGCGUAUUUCGGUUGGAGGGUGUCCCUGUUUUUACAGAAGCAUGCCCAACAUCUUAUUCCACACCUCAACUACGCAAUGCCAUACGACAACAUUUUGGAACAGGUGUAAGAUGCUUUCUGGUAUCAUCUACUGGAGGAAGCACUCAUCCAUCCACAGAACUGCAACGACAAGCUCUGUGGAAGAUAUUGUCAACUCGAUGGUCAUUUCAAAGUGUGCAGAUCGCGUUGUGCAAACAAUGAUGUUGACUUGUAUCAGACGGCGAUUGGUGCGAUUGUCAAAGGCUGCCCCGAAACUCCGGAUCCAGGAAGAAGAUGGUGCUCAAAGCAUCUUCCUCAAUCUGAGAACGAGGUUGAAGCCAAAGAUAACACAACAGAUCAAGUUUGGGACAAAGAAAUUGAAGUCACAGUGCCAGAUAUCAAAGAACCAGUUGCAUCUCGCACACGGUUCAAGACAUGGGCACGAAUGACAAAUGCAGAGUACAUUAUUGAAUCCCGAACAUUCAAUGAGGUGUAUCAUUAUUUGCUGACCCUUUUUGCAAAUCAUCCAUUCCCUAAGUUUAUUGGUUAUGAUGACAUGUGUCAUCUACUUCGGUUUGCACUCAAUGCAAAGAGGCAGAAUGCUACGACCAAAACAAAGGAAUUCACAAACAGAGAGAGAAUACAUCAUGUUGUUGACUUUUUUCACUUUCAAAAGAAUCAUGUUGGUCAUUGGUGCAACAACAACGUUAAUCCUGAGGUAUAUGAUGAGCUCAACUCUGCAAACAUGUCAGUUUGUGAGCAAAGGUUCAAGUGGUUUGCAGGAUAUAAGACUUCAUUGAGGUACAUGAACAAAGUGCGGUUUAACUU